AUGGAGAAGAUUCUAGAAGCCACCAAGAAGAUGGUGGAGCUGCUGACGGGAGAGGAACAUCAGAAGAUCCCUCACCCUAUGAAAGAUGUCCCGGAUCUUCUGACCGUCUCGGAAAGUCGUCUCCUGGAAUAUAAAGAAGAAGACAUCAGUGUUACACAAGUCAAACCCGUUCCUCACGGCCUUCACCAGGUGGAAGAAUUCGUCCCCUCUAACCCCGAGGAACCGUCUGAUAAAGCAGCCGCCACUGUGGCGCCUAUCCAUCCCCCAGAUCUGUCCAGUCCCGUAGAAUCUUUUUGUGAUACCGGAACAGAUGAGACGUUUCUUGCGAUAGAACAUUCGUCAGAUCUUAGGUCUACUCUCUCUGUGCGUCAAAGGUCGCGUGCCAGGAACCAUCCGUUUUUUUGUUCAGAGUGCGGGAAAGGUUUCGUGUGGAAAUCGGAUCUGGCGCGUCACCAAAGACAUCACACCGGGUACCGACCCUAUUCGUGUUCGGAGUGCGGGAAAGGCUUUAGCUCAAAAUCGCAUCUUCUCAGGCAUCAAAGUUCCCACUCUGGAGAGCGGCCUUUUUCAUGUUUGGAGUGCGGCAAAUCUUUCAAAAACAAAUGGGACCUGGUCACCCAUAGGAGGUAUCACACAGGCCUGAGACCUUAUGUGUGUUCGGAGUGCGGGCAGAGCUUUAUAGAGAAAGCUCAUCUGAUGAGACAUCUCAGGCUUCACACAGGCGAGACACCCUUCUCGUGUUCAGAGUGCGGAAAAAGAUUUGCUCGGAGAGACACCCUCACGAUACACCAGAGGACACACCUGGAUAAAAUGCCAUACCUUUGUGGAGAGUGCGGAAAAGGUUAUACGCGUAAACCUGACCUCAUCGUCCACCAGCGGAGCCACACGGGCGAGCGACCGUUUGCCUGCGAAGAGUGCGGGAAAUGCUUUAGAAAAAAGUUGUGUCUUGAUCGACAUUUGAAGUGUCACGUGGGCAAGAGGUCAAAGUCAUGUGCAGUGUGUGGGAAAUGUUUCAAAACGAAAUCGGAGCUCCAUGCACAUGACACUGUCCACGCGGCAGAGGGGAUCUUUCUUUGUUCAGAGUGUGGGAUGUCCUUCACCGAUUUAUCACAGUUGGCUGAACACCGGAUACUUCAUUCCCGUAAGAAACUCUUUUCAUGUUCCGAGUGUGAUAAAUCCUUCAAAAAGAAAUCAAACCUUGUUAUACACCAGAGAAUUCACACCAGUGAAAAGCCCUUUCUGUGUCUGGAGUGCGGUGCAAGUUUCCCCCAAAAUGGAAGCCUCCAUGUCCACAUGAAGCUUCACACCGGCGAGAAGCCAAUUUCCUGCCCAGAGGGUGGGAAAGGUUUCACUCAGAAAGAAGAUUUCCUUCAACACCACAGAAGUCACACUCGGGAACACCCUUUCUUAUGUUCAGAGUGCGGGAAAAGCUUUGUCGAGAACAGACACCUCCUAAGACACCUGAAAAGCCACGAGGGACAGCGCCCUAUUUUAUGUUCGGAGUGCGGGAAAUGUUUUUCACGGAAAGAGAACCUCACAAGGCAUAUGAAAGUUCACGCCAGAGUACAUCCGUAUUCAUGCUCACACUGCGGGAUAGGUUUCAGUCAGAAAGGGCACCUUCUUGCACACCAGAGAAGGCACACGGGCGCGCUCCCUUUUUCCUGUUCCGAGUGCGGGAAAAGCUUUACCAGGAACGCAAGCCUUAUGAGGCACGAGAGGCUUCACACGGGCGCAUCUGAAAGUCCAGAGAGUGCUGCUGCCGGGUGCCGCCAUCUUGGAUGUGAUGUCAGCAGACUAGUGGCGGGGGAAGGCAAACUCCAGCCAACCAGCUGUGACAAUCCCUCCUCUCCUGUGUCUCUGCAGACUAUCCCUCCCGUGCCUCUGCUGCCUCCCCCUUGGUAA